AUGAUUAAACAACAGCAACCACAACAACUUAAGGCACAAAGCACCCAGGUCCCUCAGACCAUUACAUACGCCAUAUAUGCAUAUAAUUCAAAGACGGCAGAACAAACGCAAAGGUUGAAAUAUGGAGAUUUGGAGAUAGUAUUGAAAAAUGACCAUUUCGAAUUCGUUUGCAAAGGUGGUGCGGUGAUAUCAAAUAUAAAAGAAAUUUUAUUUAUGAAUUCAAAAAUUAAAGGAAUAACGGAUGAUAUAACAUCAAUUCCACCAGAAGAACAAAGAUAUUACGCAUUAAAUGCAUUUCCUAAAGUUUUGAAGAUUGGAAGAUUUAAUUUAAAUGAGGAAUUCAUAAAAGGUUUCCUAAAUGACAUAAUGGAGAAGGCAAAUUUGGUUUAUGUUGAUGAAAAAGAUAAUGAAAUUAAAGAAAAGGUUGAAUGGUAUCAUGAAUGGACAUCGGAGACUUUUAAAGUUAAAGCUGAUACAAAAUGGGUUUCAGGAUGUUUAGACCUUAAAGCAGAUAAGGAAUACGUGGAUAAUGAGUUAAUGAAGAAAGCAGAUAAGGAAAAAGUUAUUUCAUUCAUUAAUACUGAGUUAGCAAAGAAAGCUGAUAUAUCAUUUGUUAAUGAAGAAAUAAAACAAUCAAAGGUUUAUUUUACCCCAUCAUUUUUAAAUUUUAUGAAAUCAUCAGAUAAAACAUUUGAAGAUAUUGAAUGGUUAUGUUUCGAUGGAGUGACCAUGUAUUUAUUUUAUACAGGUGGAGUGCUUUAUUAUUUUAAAACAAAUGAUUUUAAAAACUAUGAAUCAUUUACUCCAUCCGUUUUGAAUCCUGAUACACGAGAGCCAAUCAUUAAUCCAAGAAUUUUAUAUGUUGAAUAUAAUAACGGAAAAUUUAUGGGAAUGAUAACGGAUGGAGAUGAUUUUUGCCCUUGUUAUUCAUUCGAUUGUAUCCAAUGGUUCAAAUGUAAUUUAAAUCAAGAUGUUAAAUUUAAAUAUUCAAAUAAUCCUAUUAGAUGUGUUAAUAAUAAAUGGGUACUAAUUUAUGAAAACAAUCAAAUUUUCAUUAGUGAGGAUGGGAUAAAUUAUUAUAUGUUUAGUAUGAUGUCAUCAGAUUUGAAAAUUGAUUAUAGAAGUAAAUGGUAUUACAUUAACAACAUGUAUUAUAUCCUACAAAAUGAUAAAAUUUAUAGAUCAUAUUCAAUACCAUUUGGUCGUUUUGAACAAAUUUUUCAAGCUGAUGGAGACAUUGAAGCUUUAUGUUAUGCUUCAAAUGUUUGUGUUCUUGUUUCAGGUAGUAUGGUGUAUUCAUAUCCUGUAAGUUAUAACAGACAUAUUUAUUUAUCACAAGAUUUUUCACAGGAUCCAGAGAAAACACCAAAUUGGGAAUUGGUUUAUUCAUUCACUCCAAAAUUUACUCGAAAUUAUAGAUUUACAAAUUUGUUUUAUAUUGAUGGGUAUUUCAUUGCUUUUGGAUGUGGUGAUUUAGUAAAUAUCAGUAGUGAUGGAAGAAAUUGGUCUGAAAUCACAAAAUUUCAAGAUGUUAAAAAAGCAAUUUUCAAAAAUAAUAUGUUAAUAUUGAUGAUAAUACCAAUUUUAACGUCUUACACGAUUUCAAUAUUAUAUAAUAAAUUCAAUAUUCAUAAUGGAUUAAAGAAGAAAGCAGAUAAGGAAUAUGUUAAUACUGAGUUAAAGAAGAAAGCAGAUAAGGAAUAUGUUAAUACUGAGUUAAAGAAGAAAGCAGAUAAGGAAUAUGUUAAUACUGAGUUAAAGAAGAAAGCAGAUAAGGAAUAUGUUAAUACUGAGUUAAAUACAAUGCUUGAGAUAAUUUACCCCAUUGGUUCAAUAUAUACAUCAAUGAAUUCAACAAAUCCGGCAACAUUAUUUGGAUUUGGUACAUGGCAGCAGAUAACCGAUCGUUUCUUAUAUUGUGCUAACUCAUCAAAACAAACCGGUGGAAGUAAAACAAUUACGGGCGAAAAUUUACCUGCUCAUAGUCAUUACGUUAAUUUAAACACAACCGAAGCAGGAUGGCAUAAGCAUAGAUAUUGGGAUUGGUCAGGAAUGACAAAAGGUAAAGGAUAUGAUGUUAAAGAUGACGUGAAAUUUGCUAUUAAUUGUUACUGGAACGAUACACAGGGUUCAGGUAAUCAUACACAUAAUGUUUCAGGAUAUACACAAACAACGGGACAAAGUAAAGAAUACAUGCCACCAUUUAUGACUGUAUUCGCAUGGUAUAGAGUUCAAUGA